CAUUACGCAAGCAGAGGAGUCCAACAACCAUGACAAGCCUCCAUCACCUGAGCUGUCUGAUUUGAGUUUCUUCACCUUCACAUCGCACGCCUCUGUUGCCAGGUUUCUCACUCUAGCCCCUCUUUUGACACUGCUUCCUUCUCGCAGCUUCUAGACCAAUAUCCGUAGCCCGCGGGUUCCAUUCUGAAGCACGCGCUGUCCCUCCACACCUCCCGUGUACCCCUCACCCCUAUCCGCGCGCCACGCGUUUCGCCGAGAGCCAUGGAACUGCGGUGCUGCCUAGUUCUGGCGCUCCUUCCGCUUCUCGCUACGUCAGUCGCUGCCACCGACGUGUCAGCUGCCGAGGCUCAAGCGGGCGCGCUGACUGCGCAGCCCGCUGCCACCCCUCGCAUCGCGGGCGUGGAUCUGAGGCGCGUGGUGCUUCUAUCGCCGUGGGCGCCGCGCGCCUUCCUCUACAAGCAGUUCCUCACCGACGCCGAGUGCGACCACAUCAUCGCCCGAGCUGCUCCCAAGCUCGAACGGUCGGGCGUGGUGAACAACGACGACGGCAGCAGCUUCGUGAGCGACAUCCGCACGAGCUCGGGCACGUUCAUCGACAAGGGCGCCGACGCCGUCAUGCAGCGCGUGGAGCAGCGCAUCUCCGAGUGGACCUUCCUGCCGCUGCACAACCAGGAGUCGCUGCAGGUGCUGCGGUACACGCACGGGCAGAAGUACGAGCCCCACGUCGACUACUUCCACGAUCCUCUCAACACGCAGCGCGGCGGGCACCGCUACGCCACGGUGCUCAUGUACCUCAAUAACGUGACGCUGGGGGGGGAGACGGUGUUCCCCAAGGUCAAGGACGACACCCCCAAGGAUGACACUUGGUCCGACUGCGCCAAGGGCUUCCUGGCAGUGAAGCCAGAGAAGGGCGACGCCCUCCUGUUCUUCAACCUGCAUCCCGACGGCACCCCUGAUCCCACCAGUCUGCACUACGCAUGCCCCGUGGUGGAGGGAGUCAAGUGGUCUGCGCCCAAGUGGAUCCACGUGGCAGACUUUGAUAAGCCAGUGGGAACUGCCGAUGCUGGUGAUGCUGCUGACGGUUCUGCUGGUGGUGAUGGUGCUUGCACGGACAGCAAUGCAUACUGCCAGUACUGGGCGGAGGCGGGCGAGUGUGAGAAGAACCCCGUGUACAUGCGCGACGCAUGCCGCAAGGCCUGCAACAUCUGCUCCUAGCCUUUUCCCUCUCUUGGCGCGUAUUCCUAAGAGCUCCUUUGAUGAGAACCACCUGGUCUAUGUGGCCAUGGGAGAUGCAUGAUGCUUGAUGCAUCUCACCGCAACUGCGAGGCCUGCUUCUCAAGGGACCCGGUCCGUGCUUUUCUUUACUGGUGGUGAUAGCAGACGCGUUACAGCUUGCUCCCGUGAAGAGUUUUUUCGCUUUUACUCUCAUGGGUUGCUCUGGUUUGGUUUGGUGACUGCACUUUGCAGGAGUUGUACAGUUACUAGUAUGGAAAGGGUGGGUCAUUGGCUUCGAUAGAAGCAGGAACUGAGUUUGGAACAAAGCUGGGAAGGAGUUCAUUCGCUGU